AUGGGCAACUCUCACUCAACCACCGCCGGACACCCCGCCAUCUCGCGCAAACGCUCCUUUGCCCACAACCUCGCCCUCGGCUGCGCGUCGCCGUCGUCCGCGAACAGCUCUAUCAUAUCCGACAACCACACUUUCGUCAGCGAGAAACAUCUGCUCAGCGAAAAAUCCAGCUUCGACCACCUCCCGCUCUAUGCGCAGCCGCCGCCCGACUUUACCCAGGACGAGACCGCGAGCGCAUACAGGGCGUUUCUGAAAUCGUACCCCGAGUUCCAGUCGACAUGGAUCAUUGACUCGCUACGGCGCAGCGAUUUCUCCAGGCUCGACCGCGGCGGAGAGACAUAUGUCGACUACAUGGGCGGCUCGCUUUACCCCGAGAGCCUAAUUCGCGUCCAUUCCGCCUUCCUCAACUCUACCGUCCUCGGAAACACGCAUUCAGUCAGCCCCAGUUCCCGGGUUUCGUCCACCUGCGCUAGCGAGGCGCGGGCGGCCGUCCUUUCGUUCUUCCGGGCCCCGCCAGGCUACACCGUUAUCUUCACCGCCAACGCCACAGGGGCUCUCAAGCUCGUCGGCGAAUCGUAUCCAUUCACCGAGAACAGCAGCUACGUCCUAGGUGCCGACUCACACAACAGCGUGCACGGCAUACGCCAGUUCGCCAUUCAGAAGGGCGCGCAAGUACACUACAUCGAGUCGACGCAGCACGGCGGAUUCCACGUCGCGACAGCAAAGGCUACCCUCGCGCGUCAUAAACCGCGAAGGCGGGACAGCGCGCCUUCCUUAUUCGCCAUGACCGGCCAAUCGAAUAUCUCAAACUCUAAAAACCCGCUGACGCUCCUAAAGUUUGCGUCGUCGCUCGGGUACCACACGCUGCUCGAUGCGGCCGCGUUAGCGCCUACUUCUGUUAUCUCCCUAGAGGAGACGCCGGUCGAUGCCAUGGCCGUGAGCUUCUACAAGAUGUUCGGCUACCCCACCGGCGUGGGGGCUCUCGUCGUGAAGCAGUCCUUCCUCGCAAAACUCAAGAGACCGUGGUUUGCCGGAGGCACCGUCGACGUCGUCCAGGUGCCCGGGAAUCUCGUCACGAUGGCGCACGACCUCCAAGAGCAGUUCGAGGACGGAACCAUCAACUAUCUCACCCUGCCAGCAAUCACUGACGGGCUGCGCUUCCUCUCCGCGUAUCUCCCCUUCCUCCCACUGCGGCUCUCGUGCCUCGUCGACCACCUCACCACGUCGCUGUCCCAGCUGCGCCACGAGCGCGCGGGCACGCCCGUCGUGCGCAUCCUCUCCCGGCUUCCAGGCCGGCGACUAAGAUCCGUCGGCGAACAAUCAGACACCGGAUCUGUCGUGGCGCUGAUCUUCCUCUCCCCGUCGGGCGCGAUGCUCCCGAACUCGUUCGUCGAGCACGCCGCGUCGCAGCAGCACAUCUCGCUGCGCACGGGGUGCAUGUGCAACCCCGGCGGGGCGGCGGCCAUCCUGGGCAUCCAGGAGGACAUGGCUCGGCUGUACCCGGGCGUGACGCUGAAGGACUUCGAGGAGGUCGUCGGGCGCGAGCUCGGUGUCGUGCGCGUCAGCCUUGGGCUCGCGAGCACGUUCCAGGACGUGUGGCGCGUGAUCCAGUUCGCGGCGGCGAUGGCGUGCGAGGGGACGCGCCAGGCCAUGUGGGAGGACUGGAUGAGCACUAAAACAGGUCAGGCUAUUUAA